AUGAAAUGGAACGUUAAGCAACCAACAACCUAUAGACCGAUGGCAUGGAAAAGGGGUAAUGGUAGAGCAACUCAAAUACAUAUUGAACCAGAAUCUAUGUCGAUACAAGACGCAUUCCAUUGGCGUAUAUCAACGGCGCAUGUCACUGUCGGGCCAUUCUCCACAUUCGAUGGUUACACUCGUACAAUUACCUUGUUAAAGGGUCGUCCCCUUGUACUGUUUCACAAACAACGACCACUAGAGCCUGCAGAGAUUGAACAUCAUGUGCCCUACACCUUCAACGGUGGUUGGGACACCGACGCUAUUUACAAGUCAGAACAACGCACAACAUUAUCCCAUUCGACCGAGGCAUUCUCAAAGGCAACGCCUCAAACAUCAAACCCCUGUGCAGCCGUCGUAUCUAUCAAGAACCUUAGCAACAGCUCCUCAACUUUGCCCACCUACGACGCCGACAACAGCGAUGCCUUCUACUUCAAUGUUAUAUCACAGGACGACGCCGUUCAACAUCGUUGCGCAACAUACUCAUUCUCACAAAUUGGCGAGUCUCUCAUUCUGUCUGGACGGGGGUCAGACAGCUGUAAGGACAACUUAACAUCACCUCGAACAUUAGUGAUAUAUUCAUAUAAUGGCGAUGUUAAUGUGCGACAUGACCACCAGGACGGUGGUUAUCAAUCAGUGAAGCUUAUGAGUGGUAGCACACUUAUCAUUGAGGACAUUGACAAACAGACUCCUCAGCAGCAACAGGCCAUCUCUCAAUCAUCCGCAUCUCUACCUCCACCUCCACCUCCACCUUUUAAGUUAUGUCUCACGUCGUGCACAAACGACACGCGAAUUCUAGUUGUUCAUCUUGAUCCA